CCCAGACUAUCAUUCCUCAACUUUAGCCAUCCCAAUUAAACCUCGCAGCCCCCACAAAACUUUUCCCACAAUCCCAAAUUAAAAUGGAAGAUCCCAUAAAGCGAGUCAAGCCUGACCCGACGGGUAACGAAUCGGAUUCAGAAGUCGCCCCUGAAUCACGAAUUCUAAACGAGCAGAUCCUUCUGCUCGUAUUCGGGUACAUAAAGUGGGACCUACGGACCCUCUGUGCCACUGCUCGAGUAAGCAGAAAGCUUCGAGCAGUGGCAAAGCGGAUACUAUGGCAGGCCCUGUGUAAUUACAGGGCCCCACAUAUGGUAGCCGCUUUAAGCCACGGACUACCCGGGUCAAGGAUCGGGGGAGGCUGGCACGCGCUAGCGAAGUUAAUGUUCUUCUGCUGCGGGUGCCAGCCUAGCCCGAACCUUUCGGUUAGGGUGUCGCUUUCGGGCCACUUCGUCAAAGAGUCCCGAUUCUCUAAGACAUCGGGACUCAGUUUUUUGACGAAGCGGUGCCGAGGGGAUCUGCUAUACGUGAGCGAUCCCUGCGAGCACCCUAUGGGGGAAGGGAAAGAUGAUUUAGGAGUAUAUAGAGGUGUGUUUCGGGGUUUUAUAAGGUCUAAAACAAGAGCCUAUUUGAUAGGGCGGCAAGUAAAAUUAGACGAGCGAGUUCGGUGCCCGUAUUGUGGGGCGCGCGUAUGGAGUAUGACGACAGCUAAAUUGGUCCCAAAAAGUGCUGCUAAGAGGUUGGGAACGCAUCAAGAUGGGUUAGAAUAUUUUGUGUGUAUAAAUGGUCACUUGCAUGGAGCAUGCUGGCUUGUUCCCUUGACGUCUGAUGAGGAUACCCUUGAUGAUGUGGAAGAAGAUGAUGAUGAAAUCGAUGGUGUUGAUUAUCAUCAUCAUGAUACUUGCAAUGGUGGGUCCUAGAUAAUGCUGAUUUUAGGCUAUGGAAAACAGAUGUUCUGGUUGGAGAUUGAUUUUUGUGGUUAGGCUAGAAAACCGUUGGAUGUCAAAGUUAACACGGUCCAUAGAUUUUGAUUUUUUCUGAUCAAAAGUUGAUGGUAAAAUGCCUUGAAACCGAGCUAAGAACGCGAAGUUUGUUGGUCUCCCGGUCGAUUGGGCGAAGUUGCCUCACCGGGCUAUUGGAAUAGCCCGACUGGGCGGUGACCGGGAGAGCUGGGUUUUAUCUUUGUGGCGUUUUUGACUCUCGUACCCGACCAGACGGAUUUUCGCUUGACCAAGUGGUUUUACCCCAGCAACCUGGCGACACAUUUUUUUCACGUUUUAUUAUAUAUUGUGACCUUAGUUUUUUAAGUCGUCACUAGAGUUAUACUAGGAGACCUUUCUAGGGUUUUAUUAGCUAGGGUUUCUGCAACAAGUUUAUUUUUAAGAGCGUUUAUUAAAGGUUGAUCAUAUUUAUUAAGUUAAUUAUGUUUCGAAAGUUCUUAUUUUAUUUGAGCUUGGAGUAUGAAGGUUUGUAAUAUACUUAUUUAUUUCAUUUUAUGAAGUUAUUAAUAUUUUGAA